UUAUAGGCUGCAUAAAAUUGAAACCAGACACAGCGCCCUCUUCUUCCUCCUUUCUCAACCUAGUCGACCAACAUGGCGGCAAAGAAGGCAGAAGCCAAGGGAGCUGCCAAGGCAAGCAAAACAACUGCAGGGAAACCUAAAAAGGAAGGGUCCGGUGGUAAAGCUAAGAAGAAGAAGUGGUCUAAAGGAAAAGUCCGUGAUAAGUUGAACAAUCUUAUCCUGUUUGACAAGGCAACAUAUGACAAAUUAUACAAAGAAGUUCCCAGUUACAAGCUCAUCACACCUUCAGUUGUAUCUGAAAGGUUAAAAGUCAGAGGUUCACUUGCUAAGCAGGCUCUCAGAGAGUUGCAUUCAAAGGGUUUGAUUAGGCUAGUUUCUAAGCAUAGUUCUCAGAUGAUCUACACAAGAGCCACAAAAGGAGAUAAAGAUGAUGCUGAAUAGAUUGUUCUGAAAUAAAAUUUCUUAAAUUA